AUGUCAUCCGCGCUCCCCAUCAAGACUUAUACCAAAGAGGCCGAAGUCGCCGUGCAGGCCGUGCUUCGAGCUUGUCAUGUUACCAAGUCGGUACAGGACACCCUCAAGGUCGACGACAAGGUCUCCAAGCCGGACAAGAGCCCCGUUACCAUCGGAGACCUCGCCGCUCAAGCUCUGAUCACCCUUCACCUCCAAAACGCCUUUCCCGAGGACAAGAUCGUGGGCGAAGAGGACACGACCGAGUUGCGCAAGAACGACGGGCUGAGGAACAAGGUCGUAGGGCUCGUCAACGAGGGUUUCGCAAAGGGAAAAUUGGGCAAGGAGAGCGAAGGAAUCUGGGGAGAGGGAGAGUCGUUCUCCGAGGACAGCGUACUCACCGCUCUCGAUCUCGGCUCGCAUACCGGUGGCCCGACCGGUCGAUCAUGGACUAUCGACCCUAUCGACGGUACCCUAGGCUUCCUCCGUAAAGAACAAUAUGCCGUCUGCCUUGCCUUGAUCGUCGACGGGAUCGUCCAGCUCGGAGUACUCGCCUGCCCCAACCUGGGUACUACAGCUGUCACCGACUCCCAGACCGGAGUGCUCUUCCUCGCCAAAAAGAACGAAGGAGGGUGGAUGCGUAGCCUGAAGGACGAUGCGAAAUGGGAGAAGACCACCAUCCCGGAACAACCCACACCAUUGAGGUUCCUGGAGAGCGUCGAGAGUGGACACUCGGCACACAGCGUACAGGCGAGGAUCGGAGAGCUACUGGGCGUACAGGAAGGUACUAGUUUGAGGAUGGACAGUCAGGCCAAGUAUGGUGCUUUGGGUCGAGGAGAAGGGGGUUGCUAUCUGAGAAUUCCUACGAAAUAUAUCGGUGGAAAGGAUUACCAAGAAAAGAUCUGGGACCACGCUUCGGGAUCGCUCCUCAUCUCCGAAUCCGGUGGAGUUGUCAGCGACAUGCACGGCGCACCUCUCGAUUUCGCCCGAGGCAGAACGUUGAGCGCGAACGAAGGCAUCGUAGCCGCUGCGAGUGGGGUUCAUGCGAAAGCUGUCGAGAGCGUCAAGAAGGCGAUCGAAGAGUUCGGGAAGAAGGUUUAG